GAGCCUGGCCCCACGUCCAGGCACCAGGACCUCCAAUCCAAUGGUGUCUUCUUCCUCCCAGUCACACUGUUCACUUUGCCCUACAGCAGCAAGGGCUAAACUAGGAGAGGCCAAAAGCCCAGGCAAGUCCUGGUUGGGCAAGCAAUUGCGAGCGAAACUGAGGACCAUCCUGACUGAGAUGGGUCUUUCAUAAGUCCCCCAAGAGCCAGGUGACGCAUCAUCAACAUCAGCCUCUCCUGCCACCACCGCUUCCCUGAUUCAUGCACUUCAGGCUUCAGCCAGCAGCACGCAUCCUUGGGGUUAGGAGCCAGCAUCUCAGGUUGGCAGCCAUGGUUUCUCUGGAGAAAGACCCGUCAGAGGCUCAUUCAGAGCCUUAACCCUGAGCCUCUGCCGCCUACCCACCGUGUUGAAGAUGUCAUUGCUUGGAAGGGACUACAACAGUGAGCUGAACUCCUUGGACAACGGACCUCAGUCACCCUCAGAGAGCAGCAGUAGCAUUACUUCAGAGAAUGUCCAUCCUGCUGGAGAAGCUGGACUAUCGAUGAUGCAAACUUUGAUCCACUUGUUGAAAUGCAACAUUGGCACAGGGCUCCUGGGCCUUCCCCUGGCCAUAAAGAAUGCCGGCUUGUUGGUCGGUCCUGUCAGCCUUCUGGCCAUUGGGGUCCUCACCGUGCACUGCAUGGUCAUCCUGUUGAACUGUGCUCAACACCUCAGCCAGAGACUGCAAAAGACUUUUGUGAACUAUGGAGAGGCCACGAUGUACGGCCUUGAAACCUGCCCGAACACCUGGCUGAGGGCCCAUGCAGUGUGGGGAAGGUACACUGUCAGCUUCUUAUUAGUCAUCACCCAGCUGGGCUUCUGCAGUGUUUAUUUUAUGUUUAUGGCAGACAAUUUACAACAGAUGGUGGAAGAAGCCCACGUGACCUCCAACAUCUGCCAGCCCAGGGAGAUUCUGACGCUGACCCCCAUCCUGGACAUUCGUUUCUACAUGCUGAUAAUCCUGCCCUUCCUGAUCCUGUUGGUGUUUAUCCAGAACCUCAAGGUGCUGUCCGUCUUCUCGACAUUGGCCAACAUCACCACCCUGGGGAGCAUGGCUCUAAUCUUUGAGUAUAUCAUGCAGGGGAUUCCAUAUCCCAGCAACCUACCCUUGAUGGCAAACUGGAAGACCUUCUUGCUGUUCUUUGGUACAGCCAUCUUCACAUUUGAAGGCGUCGGUAUGGUUCUGCCUCUCAAAAACCAGAUGAAGCAUCCACAGCAGUUUUCUUUUGUUCUGUACUUGGGGAUGUCAAUUGUCAUCAUCCUCUAUAUCUUACUGGGGACACUGGGCUACAUGAAGUUUGGGUCAGACACCCAGGCCAGCAUCACCCUCAACUUGCCCAAUUGCUGGUUGUACCAGUCAGUCAAGCUGCUGUACUCUAUCGGCAUCUUCUUCACCUAUGCCCUCCAGUUCCAUGUCCCAGCUGAGAUCGUCAUCCCGUUUGCCAUCUCCCAAGUGUCAGAGAGCUGGGCACUGUUUGUAGACCUGUCUGUCCGCUCAGCCUUGGUCUGUCUAACCUGUGUCUCAGCCAUCCUCAUCCCCCGCCUGGACUUGGUCAUCUCCCUGGUGGGCUCCGUGAGCAGCAGCGCCCUGGCUCUCAUCAUCCCAGCCCUCCUGGAGAUCGUCAUCUUUUACUCUGAGGACAUGAGCUGUGUCACCAUUGCCAAGGACAUCAUGAUUAGCAUCGUGGGCCUUUUAGGGUGUAUAUUUGGGACAUACCAAGCCCUCUAUGAGUUGCCCCAACCCAUCAGCCAUUCCAUGGCCAACUCCACAGGUGUCCAUGCAUAAUUAUCUGUUUUUAUUCUAAUAGCUCUCCCUUCCUCCCAUCCCCAGUUUGACUUCCAUGUGGAUGUUAUAUACCUUCAUCAAAUCCCAACAUCUCUAUAUUAAUUAGUGGCGUCUUUAUCUUUCCAAGAGAAAUGCAGAUGAGAAAACUUAGCACUGAUGUCUCUCAGGUUACACCUUUUUUGGUUUUAUAUUUUUUGGAUGGCCUUUUGUACCUCUGAACCAAAAUUAGAUUCAACUAUUCAUAUUAUCAGCCUCAUUUUAUGGAAAAGGGAUGCCACUUACCCCAAUAGCCCUUGAAACAGAGACCAAGCAUAAAUACAAAAGUAACUGUUUUCUCUACACUGCAGUAGCUGCCCUUAAAGCAUCAGAUUUAGAAAAGUGUAUGUUGGGCGAAGGGAGUUUUCUAUUUAGAUAUUCUAAGUAGAAGAGUCAUAGACAGAACAAAAACAGAACUCAGCAGUAAUUUUGUCCAACCACUGGCUCCGCCACUGAUUUUCUACUGGCCCUCAGGCAAGUUCCUCCCCAUCUCUCAGUCUAUGAAGUGAACAGUUGGACUAACUGAUUAUUAAGGACUCUGUCAACUCUGAUAUUCUGAAAGUGAAUAAAAGAAAUUAACUUAUCCACCAACCACAAAAACUGGCCAUGCUAGUGUUGGUGAGGAGGUGGAGUAACUGAAACUCCAUACCCUGCUAUGUGGAUAGAAAGUAGUACAAUCAGUUUGAUAAACAUCUUGUAGUUUCUUUAAAACUUAAACGUAUGCCUACCAUAUGAUCCAACUAUUCCACUCCAGAAAAAAGAAAUAUAUAUCCAUAAAAAGACUUGUACAAAAAUAUUCAUGGUAACUUUACUUAUAAAAGCAAAGAAGUUGGAAAUACUCUAAAUGUCUAUAAACAAGAGAAUGGAUAAACAAAUUGUGAUGUAGCCAUACAAUGGAAUAUUCCUCAGCAAGGAACAGAAACAAACUGUUGAAAUACACAAUAAAAUGUAUGAAUCUUAAAAUAAAUAUGCUGAAUGACAAAAUCCAGACCAAAAAAAGAAUACAAACUGGAUGAUUCUAUUUAUAUAAAAGCCUGGAAAAUGAAAACUAAUAUGUAGUGACAGAGAACAGCUCAGUGGUUGGUGCAAGAUGAGAUGGGUGAGAGGAAGGUAUUACAAAGGAGCAUGAGGAAAUUUUUGGAAGGGAUGGAUAACAUGUUCACUGUCUUGAUUGUGAAGAUGGUUUCACAAGAGGGUACAUAUGUCAAAACUUAUCAAUUGGAUACUUCAAAUAUGUGGCAUUUAUUAUAUGUCAAUUAUACCUCAAUAAAGCUGCUAAAAAUAGAAUAUGAAACAUGAUUCCAUUUUUAUUUUUUAAAUCAGUUACAUACAUACAGUCAAAUAAUUUUGAAUACUCAGCACAUUGUCAUAGGAAUUUUUCACCAAGUGGGUUGAAUUAUGAGUAAAAUCUUACACUUUUUAUUUUAUGUAUUUAUAUAUUUUUAAAAAUAGAGACAGGGUCUCACUAUGCUGCCCAGGCUGAUCUCAAGCCCCUGGGCUCAAGCGAUCCACCUGCCUCGGAUUCCCAAAGUGCUGGGAUUACAGGCGUGAGCCACCGUGCCCAGCCAAAAUUUUAUACUUUUUCUUUUGCUUGCCUAUGUUGUUGCAUUUUUAAAAAAAAUAAUAUACUGAUUUCAUAACUAAAGAAAAUUCAUUUUAAGGGGGAAAAUGUUUAUGAUGAUUUGUUUCACUCUAGAAGAAAUGCCACCUUUAAAAAGCUUUUUAUUUAAACUAUAACACCAAUGAAAGUAUAACUCUACAGUAUAAUUAAUAUUUGUAGAGAGUAUCAAUUUUCAACUUCACCUUCUAUUAGAUGAUUGAUACUAUGGCCUGAAUAACAGGCAUUUCAGCUGGAGUUAGCAGCAUUCCCCCUCUGUAAUAUAUCGUCCAUUUACCAAUGGUCAGAUGCCAAACAACAGCCUCUCAGAGGAGAUGUGAAGUAGCUGUGUUAUCAUGAAGGAGAGGUAGGGAAGAAUAUCCUACCGCUAGAUAGAAAGCUAUCAGCCCAUAAAAAGUUUCUGCUCUUUUGGGAUCCAGACCAUGAACUUGGAGAAGGAAAGGCUUUGAGGAACAUAUGGAAACCUUACUAUAGAAUAUGGAGCAAUUAAAUGGAGGUAAGGCAGUUGUUUAUGACUUUUGGGGACUCAUGCAGCUCACUGACAUUCUAAUAGAAGCUGUGGCUCCUCCUUCUAUAAAAUUCACAUAUAUGCAUAAGUUUUGCAUGCAGUUUCUGAAACUAUCACAAACCUCAUGAAGUGAAUAGACCCUGGGUUGCAAAAGAACCUCUGGAAAAAAAAAAAAAGGAAUGUAAGGAUUUCUGCUUCUCAUACAUGAAAUGAUCUGCAGAUGAUAGAUAGCCAACCCUGGAACAAAGGUCUGGAUGCAGAA